AUCUUAUUGUCCACUAGCGCCUUUCUACUUCUAAACGAAUUUCUGAUGAACUACUCGUUCAGUGUAUUUUAAAAAUAUGCUUAAGUUUUCAAAUUUAAAGUUAUGUAACUCAUUAAGUGGUAUAACUCUUAAUUAUUAGCAGCGUGGUCAAGUUUGAACGAUGGCUGAAAUUCGUCCUCCUGUUGCUUAUUUGACUAGAAUAGAAAAAAUUUCAUCUUGUCAUAGAUUGCACAGUUUGCAAUUAGGUGAUAAAGAAAAUUUAGAGACCUAUGGCAAAUGUAACAAUCCAAAUGGACAUGGCCACAAUUAUACAAUUGAAGUUACUUUGAGAGGACCUAUAUGCCCUGUAAAAGGAAUGGUACUAAACAUCAAUGAUUUGAAAAAAGUUAUGAAACUUGCUAUAAUGGAUCCCUUAGAUCAUAAAAAUUUGGAUAAAGAUGUUCCAUACUUUAAAAAUGUUGUAUCUACUACUGAAAAUGUAGUUGUUUAUGUAUGGAACAAUUUGAAGAAAUUUCUUGAAGAUCCAACAUUGCUAUAUGAAGUUAAAAUUUAUGAAACAGACAAAAAUGUUGUAAUAUACCGUGGUGAAUAGUAUUAAACAGAUGUCAUCAAAUAACUCUACCUAAAUUGAUAUUAUUUACUUUAUGCCAUUGAAAAAUUUAAUUUUAUAGAAUUUCGCAAGUUUAUAAAUGAAAAUUUUUUUUUACCUUUACCUAUUGUCCAAGAGACAGAUUGUUAUAAUACUCAAUAAAAAAAAAAAAAGAAAGUAAACCUUUACCUAUAAUGUGUUCUAAUGCUUGUUAGAGGUAAGGAAGGGGAUUGCUUGGUUAUUACUCUGCCAGACCAGCCUCUUUAUUCUGUAAUCACUUCCUUUUGCUGCUCAGGCCAUACCAUGGAACAAUUUUUAAAUAAUAUAUUUAAAAUUUAAGUUUACUCUUAGGUUUUGUCUCUCUUACCAGACUAAAGUGAUACAUCUUUCUUUAUAAGAUGCAUUUAUAUGUGAUUUGUGUGUAUUUUGUUACUUCAUAUGAAAUAAAUCAAUAAAAAUUG